CUCCAGAACGUCUCUCGAACCCAGAAAACCCCUGUGGCCGGGAAUGCGACCACCCUGGAAUGUAGGGACGAAGAAACCCCCCUCGGAGGAAAUCCUAAUGCUCGUCUUCUCUCGCCUUACUACCUCGACCUCCUCGACCUCCGUCGCAACCCUAAGAAGGAUGCCUCCUUCCUUGCCGAGAUGGCCGACUUCCUCCGAAGCGCUCCCGCCGCCGCCUUGCAGCCCUCUCUCGAUUAUACCUCGUUCCCUUUUCUCCUUUUGCUGGAUGCCGCCGUGCAGUGUUGAGAAGAGAAGAAGGCUGACUCGGAUGGGGGUUUUGGGAAUGGCGGUGCCUCAUUAGGUGGGCAUGCGAUCAGUGAUUCUGUGGCAGAAGGGAUGCUAAUGUGCCUAGAAGAACUUUUAAAGAAAUGCCAUCUUGGAUGGUUGUGGUGCUGAAGAAAAUUACCACUGGAGCUAUGCUUUCACAUUCUGUGGCAUCGGAAGAAUUUCGUUAAGGAAUAAUAAGAUGCUUUAGGGCGUUGCUUCUCAAUUUACAACCUUGCUCUGUUAGUUCGUGUUCAUGCAAACAAAGGGUUAUCAUGCCUACAUCCAAAUCUAUUGAUGGUGCUUUUGUGCAUGAUAAUACUCUCUCAAGGGAUUGUGUAGAAUCACUAGAAUGUUUGCUAGCAUUUCUCCAAUCUCAAAAUGCUUCAGCUGCAGUAGGGCAUUGGCUAUCACUUCUCCAAGCUGCUGAACUUGAGGCACUGAGAGGACACCGUGGAAGUGCAAAUCUCCGGAAAGAGGCAUUUCUGACCCUUCGAGUCCUUGUUGCCAAGGUUGGUACUGCUGAUGCACUUGCCUUCUUUCUACUGGGCGUUGUAAGCCGUUUUGCAAAGGCCUUAUAUGUAUCAAAAAAUAUGAUUAGUGGUGCUGCUGGAAGCUCUGUAGCCAUCGAGCAGACUAUUUGUGGUUUGAUUGAGUUCUUGAUUAUUGUUUUAGAUGAUAAGGCAAAUCUUCACUCCCUUGAGAUGCCUGUAAAUGAUAUUGGAUCACUUUUACCCAUGGAAAAUAAAUCUACCCAAUCUGUCCUAGAGGCUCUUCGUAGUUUACCUUUAAAUGGUCAUGUUCAGUCAGCAAAUAUGAUUGGAGAUUCGUUUAAUCAAGCUAUCAACGAUGAUCAUAAACGAAAGAUAGUUGAUCAUAGCAAUGGCAAAAGAAAUUUAUUCGUACAUCGUUCCAAGGAGUGGAUUGAUGAAACUUCUUCUAAUGUUGAUAAAUUAAUGUCUGCUGCAUUUCCACAUCUUUGUAUUCAUUCUGCAGAAAAGGUCAGAAAAGCACUUGUAGAUGGCAUACAGGGGCUUCUGUUGAAUUGCAGAUGCACUUUGCAAAGAAGCAAAUUAAUGCUUUUGCCUCAUCAAAGCGCUUCCAUGUGUGCUUCUUGGAAGUGAUGAGACAAUUGCUUUGUCACAUGCUCAGAAACUACUUUCUCUAGUCUAUUAUGCAGGUCCGGACCUUUUAGUAAAUUACCUUCAGUCUCCUGACACGAGAGCAAUAUGUUUUUAUCAGUUCUUGUUGAUAAUUUGCUAGAUCAGUUUCGUCAGUUGAUAUCAGAGCUUCGUAUGAAAGAAUAUGGCAAAGAAGGGUGGAAAACUUGGUAUUUUCAUCAUGGUUCUGGCCAGUUAUUGAGCAAGACAAGUUCUGCAGUUUGCAUGUUAAAUGAGAUAAUAUAUGGAUUAUCAGAACAGUCAGUUAAUACAUAUUCAACAUUCUUUAAAAAGUCUAGGGAAGAAACCUUGCAAGAAAAGAAACUUGCAUUUGAUGAUGACAAGUCUUCAACUUUCAAAUGCCAAGGAUCAGCUUGGAAUAUGAGAGAGGGAAAGGAUAAUAGGGAUGCUACAAUUCUUUCCAUUGCCAGCAUUUUGCUUGAAUAUUUGUCACCUGAAGUGUGGGACAUUCCAUUGGAUCAGAAUGCACCUCUGCUGGAACAUGAAAUAGAAUUAGAUCUUCCAUUACAUUUCUUCCUUGACACCAUAAUGCUGCAACAGGAAAUGUGAUCUUAGAUGGAAUAGGCAUGUUCAGCAUAGUUCUUGGAAAAGAUUUUAUAAGCAGUGGAUUUCUGCACUCUUCUCUUUAUUUAUUUCUAAGGAACUUGAUUUGCUCUAACAGUGAGAUAAGAAUUGCAUCAGAUGCUGUCCUACAUGUUCUUUCUGUUUCGUCCGGCCAUGCCACCGUAGGGCAGUUGGUUGUGGCAAAUGCAGACUAUAUUAUUGACUCUUUAUGUUACCUGUUGCGGCAUUUGGAUAUCAAUCCCCAUGUUCCUGAUGUACUUGCUACUAUACUGUCCUAUGUCGGUACUGCUCGAGAUAUUCUGCCAUUGUUGGAGGAGCCGAUGCGAGCUGUAUCCUCAGAGUUAGAGGUCCUUGGUAGGCAUCAACACCCAAAUUUAACUAUUCCAUUUCUGAAGGCUAUGGGUGAAAUUGCAAAGGCAUCACAAACUGAAGCAUCUUCUUUGCCAGAUCAGACAGAAAUAUUUAGUGCACACGUCAGCUCCAAGAUUCUUAUAAUGAAAAAAUGGAUUAAUGAGAAUCAUGUGGAUAGUAGCUCCUUCUCCAUGUGUACCGAAUCCCAGGCUUUAGAAAUUGGAUCUGUCAAUUUUGAUGAUGUUAGUCUUCACUUGGAAUAUUGGGAGGAAUUAUUGUUUAAGUUUAAUGAGAUGAAAAGAUACAGAAGAAUUGUUGGAUCUCUUGUUGGAUCAUGCUUAAAAGCUGCAUCACCACUUGUUUCUUCACAGAAAGAAUCAGCUUGUCUGGUGUCUCUGGACAUUUAUUGAGAUAUUUCAAUCUAUAACGAGCUGAAAUACGAACCUCGAACAAGAUUACCUCAAAGCCCGAAAAAGAUAUGUGAUGCUAUUCUUAUACUAUUACUAUAUUUAUUUGUAACUUGGAAACCCUAUCCUAACUUUUUUUUAAUUUUCAGGUAUUUUCGGAGGGAUAAAUCGGUGAAAUCAGGUGUACCGCUCGGUACACCGUACCAUACCGUACCGAGCCCGGGUCGAAAUGCCGGAUGUUUCUGUAUCUCUUGCAAAAGUGGAGGAAGCUUAUAAGCACGAGAAACAAACCAAAGCAGCAAUCUGGGAAGCAGUUCAGUUGCUAUCACUAAAUGAUCUGAAAGAUGGGAUGGAGGCUGCAGAUGAGGAAGCUGACGAGAACAGAGUGCUUCCAGCAAUGAACAUAAUCUGGCCUUAUUUGAUUCUUUGCCUUAAAAAUAAGGUUUCAGUGGUUGUGAUCAGGAAAUGCUUGAAUAUGCUGCAUAAAGCAGUUCAAAUUGGUGGCGGGGACUUUUUUGUUCGCUGGUUUCAGAAUGAUGGGCAUACUAUAUGGAAGUUGCUUACUUCAUCCCCAUUUCGAAGGAAACCAAUGCUAUCAAAUGAGGAAAGAAUUCUUCUCCCUUACCGAAGUAAUUCUAUCACUUCAGAAGAACCUAUGGCUGAAGUCUACAGCCAAAAAAUCCAGGCAGCAGUAUUGGACAUGAUUACCAUGAUAUGUUCAGACAAGAGGACUAGUUCAGCAUUACAGACAGUCCUGAAGAAGGUUAGUGGUAUUGUCGUAGGUAUUGCUUCCAAGGAUGGUUCAGGAGGAACACAAAAUCUGCCCAGAACUGCAUGCAGGACACACUAUUGAUACAGAAAUGCAUGCAGUAAUGAAGACUUUGGAAAGCCUGAAGAUCUACUUUCUGGAUAAGGAGGAAGUCAUAAUCAGGACAGACUGUCAAGCCAUCAUAAGCUUCUUCAACAAGUCUGCCCAGAACAAACCUUCUAGGGUCCGGUGGAUGGCCUUCGUCGACUAUAUAAUCGGAUGCGGCGUUGAAGUGAAAUUCGAGCACAUCGAAGGAACCAGUAACAUUCUCGCUGAUUCCCUAUCUAGACUAAUAAAUAUUCUAGUCGCAGGAUGGCCGGACGAGCAAGCAAUCCUAAUGCUGGAGGCUACGAAGGAGGUCCAAGCGAGACCAAGCCCAAGAGCUGCAGCCUACCUCAACCAAUUCAUGACGACCUGGCAGAACAAUACCUACAAGGGAUCGCCAAGCUCAGGAGGGGAUCCCGAACAGGAAUCCCCCUUCGAGAUCUCGAAACAGUUGAAAAAGAGCUCAAAAUUAUUCAAAGAGAGGCCGCCCGACAAGCCUGCGUCACACUACGGUGCCUCCUCAGCAUCCACUCAGCAAAGAUGGAAGAAUACCAAAGGAGGAGUGGAGGAAAAGACAACUGGUACAAAGACUGGCUACCAGCUGUCCUUCAGCAGCAGCAGCAAUUAGAGAGGGCCCUCACACUAACACAAGAUGCUGCCCACAGGCUGGAAAGCUUCAACUUUUAAUAGUUAUGGCAUUUUUAGGUCACUAGCUUUCGCACUGAGCCCCGGGGAGCCGUGCAAAGUUUGGAGUCUAGCGUCGGCGUUCUUCGCCUUUUUAGAAAUCUGGAGUCUAGCGUCGGCGCCCACAGAAGGGCGCCCUUAGUUUUCAAAGGGAACGGCUGGAUAAAGGGUGUCGAUGGGGACCUGAGAUCCCCCGACCCUAUGCCUUCAGUUCUCUAUAUAAACAACUGCAUCUCUCAUUGCAGAACAGGCAGAAAAGAUCUGAAGUUCUACUUUGAGAAGUCCUUUCAAGGUUUUAAUCCAGAGUCUGUAAGUUUCUUACUAGUUCUUAAUACAUAUCUCUGCUUUUAAAUCUUGAAGCACGCUGUCCUCUUAAUGGUAUCAGAGCUUUUGUUAAAUCCAUUUUGUGUGUUUAAGUCUAUCUUAUUGCUAGAUUCUACCCACAACUUAGAAUCAAUUGAGAAAGCCUAAAUAGCUGUCAAAAUAUCUUUGCUUAUAACUGGACUACGAUUGUCAACAGACGUAAGGUGUAAUUGGGCAAGAAGUCCCUAAAGAAACACUGAAAAGGUGAGACAAUCUAAGAAAGAAAUAAGCAAGGGGAAAUCUGAUGGAUAGAAAAGCCUAAGGUUGAUGUCUGAAAAAUGGGAAGAGUCUAUACAACAAUGGUAUAUUAACUCUCACACCUCUAAGUUAGAUUACCUUGACCUUGCCGAAAGCAAGAACCCAACUCGGAAAGAACUAGCCCAGAACCUUGCUGUCAUUUAUGACAGAACUUGCCUAUCAAGUAGAGUUCAUCUGAAAAACUUCAAAAUUCUGAUAGAAAAGAACCAGUCUCUCGAAAAAGAAAUCAAAACACUAAAAUCCUCAGUCGAGACACUUUCAGCCUUGCUCUCCGAAAACAACCCAAUAUCAAGACAGGAGAUAAAAGGCCUAAUAAUAGAACUAUCAAAGGAUCUUCAAGAAAGAGGAUUCAACCAGAAGCUCUCAAAAAUAGAAACUCUCCUAACAAAAAUAGAGAGGCAAAUCUGCGGAUGAGCCACUUAUUCACUAGGAGUACCGAGUCCUACAGAGAAGCACUCAAAGCCACAGAAUCUAUUGAUUCCCCUUCCCUUGGAUUCCUGAAAUCUAACGAUUACCCAGGAACCCAAAGCCAUCAGGCAGCCAUAAUCAAACAGCAUAAUACCCAAAUACAGCUACUAGUACAAAUCGCUGAAGAUAUAAAGGGGAUACGAACAGAGUUACAAACAAUAAGAGAGAUCCAGCAGCAAAAGACUGGACCUACUCAGAGUCUUCCAGAAGACUUGAUCACCAAAUUAUCAAAUCUAAGCCUAGGAUCUUCAUAAAGACCUAAAGAAGCUCAAGGAAGAAUUCUUGUGUUCAAGGAUCCUAUUCAAAUCCUCAAGCAAGUUCAACAAUGACGACCCGAACCUCUAGACAAGAAGCGUCAACAUCUGCCCCUCUAGUCGAGGAUCAGAUCCGCGAUUACAGGAGGAGCCAUAGAAGGCUAUUCAAUGCGCAACAAGCGACGAGGCGAAUCGGGCAAAGACUGCUGGGAGGACCAACCAUUUCCCAACAAGUACUUGAGCAACAGAUAAACCCCCAAGUACAACUGAGGCUCUCCAUGAGGGAAAGGGCAACAAUAGCACCUGCAGAGGUGUUAUACCACUCCAGAUGUGAUGAUGCCCACCAUCGCGUGUACACACACCGAUCGGAAGAAGCCAUGCUGGUUACUAACAACCAGGAAGAUAGAGCUUUCAUUAUGGAGGAAAGCUACGAGCAAUUGCAGAGAAGCCAUAUGCAAUACAUCCACUUGGGAAUACUACAAGUCAGGGUGCAAACCCUUCACAGACAGGAGGAAGGGACACUAGCACUACUAGUGUUCAGGGACAACAGAUGGACAGAUGACAGAUCCAUCAUAGCCACCAUGGAAGUAGACUUAACUCGAGGCAGCCAACUGGUCUACGUGAUCCCAGAUAUAAUGAUGACAAUUAAGGAUUUUUUUCACAAUAUCCAACUAUCAAUCCUCGCUAGAGGCUACGACACAUGGCGGGAUGGUGAAGCAAAUCUGCUAAUCUGCUAAUCCUGAUUCAGACCUUACCUGGCUUCUGCUUGCCGAUGUCUACUAUUCCCUGAAUAGAAGGGUUGUUAUCCUUCCACCAUGCUGAGAUCUGGCUGGGAUUUCUGAGCUGCUUCCUGCCGCAUGAUCCAAAAAGGAAUAUUUGUUUGUGAAUUAUGCAGGAGAAGAUUUAGGCCUUUAUGAUAACAUUUGUACAGUCGGAUCUGUAUCAUGUUGAAUGUACUCUGUAAAUUUGUGGGAGAUGUUAAGAAUCAUUGAGAAUGUAAAAGGGCAUUAGAUGUCACUUUGCACAUGGUAGUUAUAAGAUUAUGUUACAUGCGGAGGCUUUUAGUGCACGUUUCCCAAAUGUUCGAGGCAAUGUUUUCAAAGGGCAUUUUCCUUUUCUAGCAAGGCAAGUUUGGGUAACUUUUCUUCAGUGAGAUAAUUUCUUGUAUAUUCUGCCUCAUGGAGUUAAAUGAUUUCAUUUGUAUGAUGUUCAUGAAACUCUGAAAUCAACUCAAAUGUUUGGUAAUCAUACCAUUAAUAUUGCAGUAGCAUGACUGGUCUCAAAGAUGCAUCGCUAAUGGCAUUAUCAGGACUUGCUUGCAUUGAUUCAGACCUUACCUGGCUUCUGUUUGCCAACGUCUACUAUUCCCUGAAUAGAAGGGAUGUUAUCCUUCCACCAUGUCGAGAUCUGGCGGGGAUUUCUGAGCUGCUUCCUGCCGCAUGAUCCAAAAAGGAAUAUUUGUUUGUGAAUUAUGCAGGAGAAGAUUUAGCCCUUGAUAUAGAUCCAAAAAGGAACAUUUGUACAGUCAUCUGUAUCGUGUUGAAUGUACUCCGUAAAUUUGCGGGAGAUGUUAAGAAUCAUUGAGAAUGUAAAAGGGCAUUAGAUGUCACUUUGCACAUGGAAAUAACAUAUGGAGUACAUUCAAAAGGGCAAGUUUGGGUAACUUUUCUUCAGUGAGAUAAUUUCUUAUAUAUUCUGUCUCAUGGUGUUAAAUGAUUUCAUUUGUAUGAUGUUCAUGAAACUCUGAAAUCUACUCAAA